AUGUCACAGAACAAUGGUAGAGAAUUGAGUUACAAGAUGAGGCCAAAAAGAGAUGAAAAGGAGUGCAAGAAAGAGUGCAGAAGAAUAGCUUACUGCACAUAUUACGAACAGAUGGCGAAGAAAAACAUUAAGAUAGAAUCAGGACCAGAUUUUUAUGUUCCUGAACAUUGUGUUGUAGACGAUAGCAUUAAUCAGUGUCAGUGUGAUAGAUUUGCAUUUUUUGUUCCCAAAUGA